AUGAUGAGCCCCAUCACAGAGAUGCACAGAGGAAGAGAACGAACGUCAGCUUUGUUUUUCUCUCUUUUGAAACGAAUUUUUCUCAGUCUCACUGUCCUUUUACUUACUCCUAUCCUUUUAAACUGUAAUUGGGACUUUUCUUUUGAAGCCGCUUUCUUUACUUCAUUUCUUAGCGACUUCCUGGAUUUUUGGCUUUCUUUAAUGGAUAGAAUUCCUCUUUCCGUCGGAGGCGAUGGAAGUGGUCCUAGCUUAUCGAAAAAACCUUCCUUUGAUCUCAACAUAUCCGCGGCUGAAGAAGAGCCAGGGGAUCGGUCCGAGAUCGAAAGAGCCUUGGAUCAACUUGAAUUGGCAAAGAUUAAAGAACAAAAAGAUCUCUUGGCCGAACAGAUUAGCCCCCUGAUUGAAUCAGAGAAGGCACGCCUUGUUCGAAGGAAGUGGCACCGCAACUUGGAUGAACUUCCAUCACCAAGUGAAAUGGUGGAAAUCAUUAUUGACCGCUUCGGCAGCAAAGCUGCCUAUAAUGCCAACAAACCCAAUGUCCCCAGGGCUAAUUUACGGCACUUGAGGGCUUGGUUAACCCGAGCGCAACACUCGGCGGAGCAGGAUGGGAAGGGAAACAUGAGUAUAAAAAAUCAUAUUUCUUCAAUAAUUGAAGGAUAUUUCAAGUAG